AAUCUAAGCAGACAGCCUUCCUUAUCCUCCACUGAUGAUUAUUCUUUGGGCGCCACUGAUGAUAUUGUAUCGUCCUUGGUAGAGCAGGCAAUGUGGCCUUCAUCCAAUAACGAACAAAGCAUGCACCCUUUAGACCCCACCAUGUUUCUGAACUCUUGGGAUCCAAAUGGCUUUCCUGCUCAUUUGAAUUCUGACGAUUGGGAUCUUGGCAUGCAUCCUCAAGAUUCCACCCUUAUGAACGAUAUACACAAGCAAUCAACUUACACACUGUCUGGGAUGCCACCCACACCUCCUGUACAUAACUACAAUUAUGCUAGUAACACGACGACGGUAACCGUGAGCGAUUUUGGCUACGGUCACAAUGCUUUUAUGGGAAAUUCUGCUAUGAACAUGUCCACUCCCAACAGUAUCACACCUCCCUUGACAAAUUACUAUCCAUCUCGUCAUAGUCUACCUACAACCAGCAGCAGUAAAAAAUACGGUAAAAUGUUAAAUGGCAGACGAUGUUCAGCCGAAACCACUCGCUAUGGUAGACGGGCAUCUUCACAUCCUUCCGUAGCCUCCGUGGUCUCUUUAACAGCGCAUGAACCCGUCUCCAAAAUAGUGGACGGUAUUGAAUAUAUCACAUUUUUAUAUUCGCAUGAUCGACUUGUCAAAGAAUAUACGGUGCGCACAGAUGUCGAUCACGUCAAUCUGGAUGAUAUCUCGAUGGAUUUCCGUACACAAAAUGCCAUUUAUCCUAGAGCUAAUGUUGAUAGAUCCGAAUACGAUGGUAACCGCUGGGAUUAUGAAACGACGUGCAACCAGUUGGGUUGGAAACUCUGUUGGUUAAACAAGGAACAAUUGUUUGGUAGACGAGGUCUUAUUCAACGCGCCGUUGAUUCAUAUCGCAACAGACAUGCCGAGAUGCGAUCUCGCAGGGUCACUCGUCAAGAAAAAGUUGCUAACGGCACUUUACGCAAGCGUCGAUCAAAAAAAGCAUUAAAUCAAAACAUAUUGUAA